CGACUGAUUGCCAUGGGUUCAAAUAUUUUCCUCUGAUUUGCCGCUCACUGGGCCGAAGUGAGGAAAUGGCUACGGAAGCCAAGUACAGCAUCGUUCGCGAAGUGGGCCGGGGGAGCUACGGGGUGGUCUACGAGGCCGUCGUUAAUCGAACUAGAAGCAAAGUAGCCGUCAAAAGGAUGCACUGUAACGUGCCCGAAAACGUAGAGCUGGCUCUGCAAGAGUUCUGGGCCCUGCAGAGCAUCCAGAGGCAACACGAGAACGUGAUCCAGUUGGAGGAGUGUAUCCUGCAGUACGGCCAAGUCUUCCAGCCAAUUAGCCACCGUUACAGGAAAUCAGACAGCCAUUUGCUGCUGAUUGAGACCUGCCUGAAAGGCCGGAGGUGCAUGGAUCCCAAAUCGGCCUGCUUUCUGUGGUUCGUGAUGGAGUUUUGCGACGGGGGCAACAUGAACGAGUACCUGCUGUCUCGCAGCCCGGACGCUCAGCUGAACAACAGCUUCAUGCGGCAGCUCAGCAGCGCCGUGGCUUUCCUGCACAGAAACCAGAUAGUGCACAGAGACCUGAAAGCUGACAACAUUUUGAUUUCUCAUCGGUGUGGAAGUCCCAUCGUAAAGGUAGCGGAUUUUGGCCUCAGCAAGGUGUGUCAGGGGAAAGGGAACGUGAACCAGCAUCGCUUCUCCUCUGCCUGUGGGUCGAACUUCUACAUGGCUCCAGAAGUGUGGGAAGGUCACUACACUGCGAAGGCUGACAUCUUUGCCCUGGGGAUCAUUUUCUGGGCGAUGGUCGAGAGGAUCACCUUCCGCGAUGGGGACACCGAGAAGGAAUUGCUCGGCACUUACAUCUGCCAAGGGAAGGAGCUCAUUCCCCUCGGAGAAGCGCUGCUGGAGAACCCCAACAUGAAACUACAGAUUCCCCUGAAGAACAAGAAGUCCAUGCCAGACGAUCUCUGCAAGCUCCUGCACGACAUGCUGGCUUUUAACCCAAAGGAGAGAUUGGAUGCCUUCCAGCUGGAAGUCCGAAUCAGGCAAAUCUCCUACGGCAAAAAGCGUCAGCGCUCCGUCUCGUAGAGACGAAGGACGUUCAGGUUAGUGUCUCUGCCAGGCUGCUCCCUCUUUAGUCUGAGCUCGCAGGGGAUUUUCUGGUAUUGACCUCCGGGCCGAAGCCCUCUAAGUCAGACGUGACCCCUAGCAGUUCUUGAAAAUUCAGUGACAGACAGAU